UCUCCUACCAUGUCGUAAUACAGAGUUCUGUAUUUGUAGACGUGUUACAUAUCCUGGAAUGAUUUGAGGGAAUAAUUUGACAACACUUGGAUUUAGAUGCCUGGGAUCAUGAUAAAGGCAUUAAAAAAGAUGCUGUCGCCGACAAAGAAGAUGGACGCAGACACGUGUGGUGGCAGCACCGACGACAUUGACAACAAUGAUUGUCCUCAGCGUGACGGUACAGAAGAAGCAUGCACGCCUCCAGUAGACCAGCAGAAAGCUUCCUUAAACAUGGAUGUGAAAGGGGCCGUACAUAGCGAUGUGAAAAAUAACUACACUAUCGGGCAACUGCACGUGCACAAAGAAGAACUGCGGAAUGACGUCACAAUAGAUUAUGUUCAAGGUGCAGAGCCAAAAAUAGACAUUUCAGUUCCAGCUAAAGAAGGUCAAACAAUCAUACAUGUUGAAUGUACCAAGAACGAGCUGUCUUCCUGUUGCUAUAGACACUAUGAUGGACGGGAACGGCCUUUCAGGUCCAUAUGGACUUUUGAGAAUGUUCCACACGGACUGAUUAAAUUCAUUAUGAAGGAGUGUCCUACUUACUUCAAGCUCACUGAUGAAUUGGAGAAACUGUAUCGCAGUAAAUUCGAGAAGAUGCACAACAAGUCAUGUCUAGUUGUGGAAUUUCUACAUGAUACUGAGGAAGAUAGAGACAGAAUGAUGCAAGAUCAAGAAAAUGUGAAGACGAUGUUCAUGGAGUUCUUGCAUGGUAUAGGGAAAGAUAGUCCUAGCUGCAGUUUAAACGUUUGCAGUGAGCCGGCAACUGUCAACAUCCGUGUUGAAGAUGCGAAAAAGAUUAUUGGUGCAAAUCCAAGAGACACAAAAUUUACAAAUACAUCAGAUUCGGAUUCAGGUUCAUUUUUUGAUGCAACAGUCGAAAUGGUAGCUGCCAAUCUGCCUUCAACAUCUCUGACUGACGAUGCGAAAGCGAAAGAAAGGAUUGGUCUCAAUCCAGAGGGCACGCGACCCAUAAAAACAUCAACUUCGGAUUCAGAAUCAAGUUUGUAA